CCCAACACCUGCGGAGGAAACUGAAGGCUUGCCUCCGCGGCUGUUAAGAAUUUGGCCGUUUUCCCAGGAGGCAGGGUUGGGGGUGGGGUGGGGCAAGGAAGUCUGAAGAAGCGUCCUCAGUUGCCAUGGACACGGGGUCCCGCGAAGAUCCCAGCAGCGGAAAGGAGUCUCCUGAAAUCUGCCCCCCGGGAUUACUGGUGUUCGCUGGCUCUUCGGAACUGGAUGCCAGCUUGGCUAAGCAGUUCUGGCUCCGAGCAUCGAUGUAUCCCCCGAGCGAAUCUCAGCUGGUACUACGCAGAGGGAGCAGUCAGCGCCUGCCGGUGGCGGGGUCCUCGAAGAGCGGUGAGUGGCCCAGCCGCCUUCUGUCAGUAACUUCUGCCUUUGCCCUCAGCAACCCAGAGGAUACCACAGUCCCUUGGCACAAAAGUCACUCCCAUCUUUUCUCACUGGAGAAUAACAAAACUGCAGAUAUCCUUGCGGAAGCCCUUAAGAGGCAAGAAUGUGAGGAGAAAAUGAAGUAUCUCGAAAAGGCUAAGAGGAGAGAUGAAAUAAUCCAACUCUUACGAAAACAAAGAGAAGAAAGGAUCAUGAAAGAACUAAUUUCUCUUCCUUAUAAACCAAAGGUCAAGGUACAAAAAGAAAAGACGGUGAUUUUAGAGUCAGAUAAAGAAGAUCAAGAAGCAGUCAAAGCCUUGGACUAAUUCGACACAUCACAGAAGCUGGUUUGCUUGUAUCUUCACUUUGGAAACAAGCUGCUCCUACAUCAGAACCAUUGAGAUCACUGCCAAGUUAAAAUACUCAAGAAAUAAAAUCAUAUAUGCAGACUUC